AUUUUUCAUAUUUUCAAUUUAGAAAGAAACUUCUUUGUAAGGGUACUUAGAAAAUGUUAUUAAUGGGGUCUGUAACCUUGGGAGGGUGUGUAUGAUUAGGGAUCCUAUGGAGUCCCUGAGAUCUUUGACCAAAGAAGAUUUGACUUUUAACUUGGCAUUUUACACAUAAAUCUUUUGAUAGUAUUAGCCAAAGAAAAUGUAAAGAGGAAAAAGCAACCUUUUUAAAGUGUUUGGAAAUGUUGUGCAAAUUUGACAAUUGCUUCUUGUUAGAGGAGAAAAAUUAGUUUAUUUUGGUCAUACAUCCAUACCAAAGAACAACGCUAUCUUUUUUGCACAAGAAGCUGUACCCACUUCCAAGUAAAGGCAUAAAGACUGAACAUUUUAUGCUCUAAACCUCUAAAUCCUUCAAAAAGAACUUACACCCAACAAAUAACUCUUAUGGGGACAUGCACUCGCUCCCAAGAUUCAGCUGCCUGCCUCUCUUAAAUCUGAAAAACCCAAUAGCCUCACAUCAUAUAAAACAAAUCCAUGCUCAGUUAAUCAUCAAUGGCCUCAAAGAACCCUCCUUUUUGGCCAAACUAAUUGAGAACUACUCCUUUUCACCCUCUCCACAAAAUACCAAAUAUGCCCAGUUGGUAUACAAACACUUUGACACCCAAAGUUUGUUCCUUUUCAACACUUUGUUAAGAUGCAGCCAACCCAAAGUCUCAAUCUUUACUUUUGCCAACUGGGUUUCCAAAGGGAAUUUAGUUUUUGAUGAUUUUACUUUUAUUUUUGUGCUUGGAGCUUGUGCUAGAUCGCAUUCAUUAUCAACAUUAUGGUUAGGGAGACAAAUUCAUAAAAAAGCUUUGAAAUUUGGUGUUAUGUCAAACCUUUUGGUAGCGACUACAUUGAUUCAUUUCUAUGCAAAUAAUAAGGAUAUUUUGUCAGCAAGAAGUGUGUUUGAUGAAAUGACUGAGAGAAGUAGUGUUACAUGGAAUGCCAUGAUCAAAGGCUAUUGUUCACAAAAGGAGAGGGCUAAGGAAUGUUGUAGGGAAGCUUUGUUGCUGUUUAGAGACAUGUUAAAUGAUGUGUCUGGGGUGAAACCUACUGAUACUACCAUGGUUUGCGUUCUUUCAGCUUGUUCUCGAUUGGGAGAGCUUUAUAGUGGUGCUUGUAUUCAUGGUUUUAUAGAGAAGGCAUUUUUUAGGCCUGAAAAUGACGUUUUUAUUGGAACUGGUCUUGUUGACAUGUAUGCAAAAUGUGGGUGCAUUAAUAGUGCUUUAUGUGUUUUUAGGCUAAUGAGAGUGAAAAAUGUUUUGACUUGGACUGCCAUGGGAGCUGGGUUAGCUGUUCAUGGGAGAGGGGAAGAAGCUUUGGAGCUUUUGGAUGCAAUGAAGGGUUCUGGUGUUGAGCCAAAUCCCGUGACUUUCACUAGCUUGUUUUCAGCUUGUUGUCAUGCAGGGCUUGUUCAAGAGGGACUUCAUUUAUUUCACAGUAUGGGAGGCAGGUUUGAUGUCAAGCCUCAGAUACAACAUUAUGGCUGCAUUGUUGAUCUUUUAGGCAGGGCAGGACAUCUAAAUGAAGCGUAUGAUUUUAUCAUAGAGAUGCCAAUGAAACCUGAUGCCAUAUUGUGGAGGAGUUUAUUAAGUGCGUGCAAUGUUCAUGGAGAUGUUGUAAUGGCUGAGAAAGUGGGGAAGAUUCUGCUCCGACUAAAGCCUCCAAAUUCUUAUGUAGAUAUGGCUGCUACCAGUGGGGACUAUGUAGCUUUAUCAAAUGUUUAUGCUUCGGCCAAAAGGUGGCAGCAAGUGGAGAUGGUAAGAAAGAAAAUGAAGCUCAAGAGGGUAGAAACGGAACCUGGUGGUAGUUCCAUACAAACCAUCAGCAAUCACCUUGACAGGUUGUAGGUGUGGGAGUAGGACUCAAUUAUUGGAUAUGGAAAGGGAAGUUGCAACAUGGUUUUUCUCUGAGUGCAAUUAGCAAAUUGAGAGAGGAAAAUGAGGCAAUGAAAGAAACAAAGAAGAAGAAAUACUGGAGAGACUAACUGGAGAAAGAAUUCAAUGUUCACACAUUUUCAAAAUGGAUUCUCAAGCUGAUUUUUCAUGCACAUAAAGAGCCAGUGAAAGACUGGGCCAAAAAAAAAAAAAAAAAAGGGAGCCACCGAAGGGGAACAGAAUGCAAUAUGUUAAUAGAUGAUAGAAUUUAGAACAGGUAAGGAAGAUGGAAAUGUUCUCUCCUGCAUCAGCAGAAUGGUGUGUGAAUUAGGCUGAAUAGAUUGCCUAAGCUUUCGCAGAAAGUUAGUCGAAAGGUAAUAUUAAAAAAUUAGCAUGAUCUUUUUCUUUCUUGUUGUGUCUCUCCCUUGUAACAAAUAAAAGGAUCAUUGGCAAUUGGUAUUAAAAGAGGGAGGGAGGCCUUGGCUAGUGGCCUCGAGUAAUGGAUUCUCCCAUUGAUCCUGUUCAACAUGUCAUGUUCGCACCUAAUUCUUUCAAUCCUUUGGUAGAACAGAAUCUUCUUAUCCCUUCUUCAGCCUUGCUUUCCUGGAAAAGUUGUAUUGGAUAUGAAAUUAUUUAAGUCAUAUUCGCAUAAACUGAUUUAUAUUAACAAUCCUUGAAAGGGCCACCUGGCUCCCCGUAGCAGACCAAUGGCCGUAAUCUUGUUUGUUGUAGACAACUUGUUUUCCCUAGCUGGGCUCGGGUUUCAUACCUGACAGGACAGCCAACCCAAUUUUACCAUACAGGUUUUUCUGGUAUCCCUCGAGAGAUGCAGAUAUGGAAAUGGCAAUGGUAAAAUCGACCACUGUAUUGAUUAGCCAUUCUUUAACAGUUAUCACAUGAUUAAUUGAAGGGUUAAAUCUAGCAGUUGCACUACUGCAUGAUUAACAUAAAGAAUAACAUUGUUUGCCACAAGUUAAACCAGAAAUAUAGUGCAGGUUUGUCAUUCCAAGACACUCUUCAGUAAAAACUCUCUUACACUAUGCUUGUGUUGUCU